AUGUUCGAUGAGUUAUUAAGAAUUCAAGCUACAGAAGCGAAAACAUGCCCGUCGAUCACAGGGUCUGAAGAUGUUAAAUCAGAUUCAGAAGCUUGUGUUGUGACAUCAUCCAGCUUGGCCUCACUUCGAGCAGAUAAGCAUUUGGAAUCGCAGAAAAACUUGACCUUUGAUCAGCUGCCGACAGCUCUUGAACGUCGCCUUGAUCUUAUUUGGCCAAGUAUUCCUGUCGGGCUCGAGAAGGCUCCGCUUAUAGUGUUGUGGGAAACCACUCGUGCGGCUUUACAUUGUGAAGUCGACCUUAAGGACUUGAAGAUUGCCUAUGAUGAUAAGUGGAUAGAUCAAAACACAUUUUGGGAAUUCCUUCAGUCGCAUGACGCUUUUAGGGGCAAGUUACUUCCUCAAGAGUCGGACCCUAGUGCUUGGUCCGUCGGCCAUCAGGAAAGUUUUCGAUCAGGCAAUAGCGCGGUUUUGCUAAAAGCUUCUGUAUCUAUUGAAGAAAAAGCAACGCCAACCUUCAAGUUGCGGCUUCGACCUUUGCAGCUUAGCAAAAGCUGUCGACUCCAUAGACGGUUCGGCUCGGAUAGGUUCCUUGAGAUCACUCUCCCAACAAUUGACUCAUGGAACUCACUGAGUUCCCCCAAUGCGAGGGAAGUCACUGCCCACUGGCUUACACAAAAGCUUCAUCCCAUGGUUGGCCGGAAGUGGACAGCUUUCUGGAUCGGUCCACCACAAUCCUCUCAAUCUCUAGAUAGCCCUGCGCCUGGGUCGAAGCCAUUGGUCCAGCAGAAAAUUCAUUUCUUCGCAGAAGAAGGGAUUGGUCUUUCUUCAAGCCAAUUACAAGAUUCUCUUUCCUCGAAUGAAGCACCAUCGUCAAAGGUAUCGUGUCGUCGGGAAGCAAUGCUGAAUUGGCAUCUGCAAUUCACGCAGAACCAAGAUCAAUGCUAUCUAAAACUGUUCUCCCGUAUCCAACUUGGCUUAACCAAGACCGACCCAAUUGGCGAGCUGCAAGAAACCCAAAUACGCAAUCAUGUCGAUAAUUUAAUGUCUUCCACGGGAGAGGUAAUGAAUGAUGGUGUUGGCCGGAUAUCCAAAGGCUACAUGGUAAGGAUACGUGACACGCUGAAUAUCGCAUACACUCCUUGUGUUAUUCAAGGUCGUAUUGGCAGUGCCAAAGGGCUGUGGGUUAUCGACAAGACAUCGACCGAUGAAGAGGACUGGAUCGAGACAUACGAACGCCAACGCAAGUGGAAUUGUGACUGGUCCGACAAUGAUCAGCGAGUUCUUGAGGUCAAAACUUGGGCAGUAGAACCUCGACCUGCCACUCUGAACACACAAUUUCUUCCAAUUCUGGAAGACAGAGCAGUAAACAAAGCUCUACUACUGGAGACAAUCAGCAAACGCUUAUCAGACCACCUUAGAAACGACCUCCUUGACCUAGGAUCAGCAUUAGAUCAUCCUCAGCAGCUCAGCAAAUGGGUAUAUGAGAAUGCUCCGCGCCGAGUUGAUGGCAGCUAUGAUGGCAGCAUCCCAUUUCUUGGCGGACUUCCAGAGAUUACUCACGACAUUCUGAAUUUCCUCAUUAAUGGAGGUUUCAAUCCACUUAAACUCAAGUUUCUCCAAGAUCUUAUCUUCGACCUGCAAAAACAAAAAUACAACACCCUUUCGACAAAAAUGAAUGUUAAGCUUAACCGGUCCGCAUAUGUAUUCAUGAUCGCUGACUUUGAACGCGUGUUGGGACCACGAGAAGUCCACCUUUGCUUCUCGUCCAAGUUUAUAGAUGGACCAGAUGAGUUCAUGGACCUGGAUGGAAUGAAUGUCCUGGUCAGCCGUUGUCCUGCCCAUUUACCGAGUGAUAUUCAAAAGGUCACUGCAGUGUUCAAGAGAGAACUCCGUCACCUCAGAGAUGUUGUGGUCUUCCCAACCACGGGCGACGAGCCGUUGGCGAAAAUUCUUUCCGGCGGCGAUUACGAUGGUGAUAAAGCUUGGGUAUGUUGGGAUCCUGAGAUAGUCAACAACUUUGCAAAUUCGGUAGUGCCACCGAAACCUGAGUUGGAUCGUUAUUUUGCGCGAGAUCAAAGAACGGUUGGGCAGAUGAUUCACGAAUAUGGAGAAAGAGACUAUGUUGCCUCCAUGAUAGAGGCAGCAUUUUGCUUCAGCCUCAAGAAGAAGUUCCUUGGUAUUUGUACGAAUCACAAAGAGAGGUUUUGCGCCGAGGGAAAUUCCGUCAGCGAUGAGGCGACCAUCUCGUUGAGUUGGCUCCUCAGUGAACUAGCCGAUGAGGCCAAGCAAGGCUCCAACUUGACAACUGAAAAAUGGUAUCUUUACUUGAAAGAGGUAGUAGCGAAAUGUCACCGCCCCAAGCCUCAAAUCAACAGCCCGGGAUUUGAGAAAGGCACAAUGUGUAUUGUUGAUUAUUUGAAACAAACCUUAAAGGCUACAAUACACGAUGGGCUUAAGACAAUCUAUGAUUCUAUGACCCCACGGAAAGCAGACGGAACAGUCUUGGCUCAAAAUUACGACGCUGAUCUCUCAACUUAUUGGGACACAUUCGAGGACUGGGUGUUCCAUAUCUUUACCGCACAGUCGGACGAAAUAUUGUGCCUUGCGAAUGUUCGAAACUGUCUCCAAGCUGACCUACACGCUACUGCAGUUGAAUGGCGAAAGGUCAUGAGACCGCAAUCGAAUGAUACAAGUUAUCAACGAAAUGUCCAGUAUGUGUAUGCAAAAUGGCUUGAGAUAAGCCCACGUCCAGGAGUACAGGGCCAGCUCAAUGACCGCCUCGCCAACCUCUUCGAGCAGCAAAGCUGCAUACCGGUCGAGCUUCAGCAAUGGAAUCUGCUAAAGGCCAGCUUGACCUUUAAGUUAUUUCACAAUAAUACCUCUCCACGAUUUGUGUGGCAGAUAGCGGGGCGCCAACUGCAAUACAUCAAGGCAAUGAGAAGUGGUGGAGGAAAACCACCAGUCCUGGUUAGUGCGGAGAUGCUAGCUGUGCUGCGACCAGAUAGCAAAUAUAUACAGCGUAUGAGGGCUGCUGAGGAGUCGUCAAAUUCGGAGACAGGAUGA